AUGGCCCACGAGCUUCAGAAAGCCCAGCUGCUUUCCCGGAGGGACACACUGAUCGCAUCUCUGGGUCGGGCAGAGGUAUUCAUCGAUGGAUACGACGAACAACGAGACCAGCCACAAGUGAAAAUACGUUUGGAGUACUUCGAUUCCAUGUGGACGGCGCUAGAGCAGGUGCAGGGUGAACUUGAGGACACCGAAGCGACUGAAGAAGGUAGGACACAAAAUGCAGAAUUGCGAGCCAAUUUCGAGCCUAGAUUAUUUAAAGUUAAAGGAGACUUGAUGUCUAAAUUGCCCGCCACUACUUCCUUUGAAACGCCAAAUCCUCAACCCUCUCUCUCAACCACACAUCUUUCUGGAAUCAAGCUACCCACGAUAUCCCUUCCCGAAUUCGAUGGUGACUACGAGCAAUGGUUACCAUUUCACGACACAUACAUCGCUCUUAUACACAAUAAUCCCGACCUACCACCCAUACAAAAAUUCCAUUAUUUGAGGGCAGCUUUGAAGGGGGAAGCUGCUCAGUUAGUUGAAUCGAUCUCCAUUUCUUCGGCUAACUACAAUCUAGCAUGGAACAUGCUUACUGGUCGGUAUGCUAACGAGUACCUUCUAAAGAAGAAGCACCUACAGGCAUUGUUCGACAUACCACGCGUAAGAAAGGAGACAGCAGCUACGCUUCACAGCUUGGUCGACGAUUUCGAGCGCCAUACUAAAAUCCUGCAUCAACUGGGGGAGCCAACCGAUAGCUGGAGUGCGAUUCUGGAGCAUCUACUGUGCACGCAAUUGCACGACGACUCUCUGAGGGCCUGGGAGGAUCAUGCGUCCACCAUCGAGAACCCGAAUUACGCAUGUAUCAUCGAAUUUCUGCAGCGUCGAAUCCGUGUGCUGGAAUCAAUAUCGGUCAACCACCACCCCUCAAGCUCAAACAUCGUUGCGCCACCGCAGCACGCAAAACGCUUCACCAGCCACCAGCGCCUUUUAUCUUUUUCGUCAACCGCAGCCACGAAUUGGAACUGCCCGGCAUGUCAUCAGCAACACACUUUGCUAAAGUGCUCGAAAUUCCAUCGUAUGCCUGUCAACGAGCGCCUAAAAAUAGUCACCACCAAAGGUUUCUGCAUCAACUGCCUGCUUCCAAACCAGGCAGGACACAAUUGCUCUACCCACAAUUGUCGACACUGUGGUCGAAGACAUCAUUCGCUUUUACACAUUCACCGCUCUGAUGAAGGAAGGAGAAACAACAGUGAGCACCAGCCGAACAGCUCGACGCCUGUGGUAGUCCAAACAAAUUCAUCCUCCCCACGAGCCAGUCCGGCUCAGCAAACAUCCGCAGCAACUGCUGCAGUCGUCCCACACAUCGAAAGUAGCACACCCAUCAGCCAGCCGAACGAAACCGUUUUCCUUAUGACAGCAAUCGUAAAUGUGGUCGACGCCUUCGGAAAACCUCACCCAGCCCGUGCGCUUCUGGACAGCGCAUCGCAGCCGAACUUAAUUACCGAACGCAUGGCACAGCUGCUACGCGUAAAACGACAUAGGGUAAACGUGACAAUUAUGGGCGCAGGUCAACUAUCGAAACCAGUUCGCGAAUCAAUUUUUACCCAAGUUAAAUCUCGCUCUAGCAACUUCUGCUGUGAUGCCAACUUUCUUGUGAUGCACAAAGUUACCGCUAAUCUCCCUGCGCAGGACGUAUCCCAAUUAGGCUGGAAACUUCCGAAGGAAAUCUCACUUGCUGACCCCUCUUUUCAUCGAAGUCAACCGAUCGAUCUUGUCUUAGGUGCUAGGCAUUUUCACGAUUUCUUCCCCACUGCAGCUCGUCUACAGAUCGACAAUCGACUUCCUCUCCUUGUCGAUAGCGUUUUUGGGUGGAUAGUAUCAGGCUCCGGUACGUAUGUUGGUCCCGAUGGUGAGGAGGAGGUUGACAAAAGGCUACAAACAACCGUCGUGUCCAUGGUUUCCCUUGAGCAGAUCAUCGAAAGGUUCUGGACGACCGAAAGCCUGUGCAUCAAUGACACAUAUUCAGCGGAGGAGAAAUUUUGUGAAACCCUGUACGAUUCUACCACCACACGCAACGAAGAAGGACGAUAUUUGGUACGCUUACCCCGAAAAGCUGAUUUCAACGUCAUGAUUGGCAACUCGAAAGCGAGCGCGCUUCGCCGGUACCAAUUACUGGAACGCCGACUGGAUAGGAACCCGGAACUCAAGGAGGAAUACGACAGAUUCAUGCGAGAAUAUCUCUCCCUUGGCCACAUGAAACUGGUCAACACGGACGACGAUCGCUCUCCCGUAUCCUAUUACCUGCCACACCAUCCCGUAAUUAAGGAUUCAAGCACGACCACGAAGGUCAGAGUCGUUUUCGACGGCUCAUCAAAAGCUUCAUCCGGCUUCUCACUCAAUGAAGCCCUUUGCGUGGGUCCUGUAGUGCAGGACGACUUGCUUACGCUCAUUCUCCGUUUCCGUACACUGCCAAUUGCUCGCGUAGGCGACAUAGCAAAAAUGUACCGACAGGUUCUAGUACAUCCAGAAGACACACCCCUGCAGAGGAUCCUCUGGCGUUUCACCAACCACACUCCAAUCCAGACCUACGAGUUGCUCACCGUUACCUACGGUCUGGCCCCGUCAUCCUUUCUCGCGACCCGUACCCUGAAGCAGCUAGCGAAAGAAGAAGGCUCAUCGUACCCUCUGGGCCAGGCGGCCCUCGAAAAAUGUUUCUAUGUGGACGAUUUCAUCGGAGGAGCCCAAUCGAUCGAAGAAGCCGUACGUCUGAGGAACGAGCUAUCUGAGCUGCUGUCGAAAGGAGGAUUCGAGCUGCGUAAAUGGACUUCGAACCGUCUCGAGGUACUUCACGGUUUGAACGACGACCAAAUAGGCACACAAUCUUCUCUGCAGUUUGGCCCUAACGAGACGGUGAAAACGCUGGGAAUUAGCUGGGAACCCGAGGCCGACUUUCUUCGAUUCGAUUCACAGGUCGAACCAAACGAAAAACCGUGGACCAAGCGAGCAAUCUUGUCCACUAUCGCCAAACUCUUCGACCCGAUGGGCCUGAUCUCUCCGGUGGUGGUGACAGCGAAGAUGGUCAUGCAGCAGCUCUGGCUACUACCAUGUGGAUGGGACGAUCCAGUGCCAGAAAGCCUACAAGAGAAAUGGAGAAAUUAUUGCCAAGAUUUGCCCAAAAUAUCCGCAUUCCGUGUUCAACGAUACGCCUUUCUGCCAAACUCCAAGGUUCAACUGCAUACAUUCACCGAUGCUUCCGAAGCCGCAUACGGGGCAUGCGUUUACGCACGAUCUGCAGAUUCCAACGGCAACGUCAGAGUCCAGCUACUUGUUUCGAAGUCCAGAGUUGCUCCACUGAAGAAAACGAACAUUGCUCGUCUCGAAUUAUGUGCUGCAGCGCUCGGCGCUCACCUUUACGUCCACGCCAAACAAGCCCUCGAUCUGGAAAUUGAGACUUCCCACUUUUGGACGGAUUCCACAGUCACGCUGCAUUGGCUGAAAGCUCCCCCACACAACUGGAAGACAUACGUGGCAAACAGAGUAGCUGAGGUACAUCAUCACACCCAAGGUUCGCAGUGGCGACAUGUUCCGGGAACCGACAAUCCAGCUGAUUUCGUUUCGCGCGGCAUGACAGUUGACGAAUUACUCCGCUCCGAAUGCUGGAACAACGGACCUAACUGGUUAGCUCUCCCUCCGUCAAACUGGCCUGUGUUCGAUUUGCCAGGAGCACCUGAAGCUGCACUAGAAGCGCGCCAAGUCGUAGCCACUAUUCAAAUCAAGAACGAUAUCAACCCGCUGUUCCUACGCUACGAUUCCUACACCCGUCUGCAGUGCGUUACCGGUUAUUGUUUACGUUAUCUCUCCAACAUCCGAGCCGCGAUUAAAGCCAGAAAGAAUUCACCAUCAUCGCCCAGUCCUCACCUCAGCCGAUCCAUAACAAUCGACGAACUGCGAAUUGCAAAAAUACGCCUCACUCGUUUAGCACAGGAAGAUGCCUUCAGCGAUGAAAUUCGGGAACUUGAAAAGGGAAAAAAUGUGUCAAGAAAGUCCUCCAUCCGGCUGCUGAAUCCUAUCCUAGACUCCGAGAGAAUAUUGAGGGUUGGAGGUAGACUAAACUUGUCCCAGUUGCCCUAUCACACCAAACACCCUGCCCUGCUCCCUAUGAAUCAUCCCUUCACUCGCAUAGUUGCUCAAUAUUACCACCUUAAGCUCCUUCACGGCGGCGGGCGCCACUUGCUCGCUACGAUUCGCCAAGAAUUCUGGCCACUGAAUGGCCGCCGAUUGGUGCGAAGCAUUGUACGCAAUUGCUUUCGCUGCACCCGUUUGAAUCCAGAACCAGUACAACAACAAAUAGGCCAACUACCGGCACAGCGAGUAAUUCCAGGAAGGCCGUUCGAAGUCACAGGCGUUGACUAUGCGGGCCCGCUCUAUCUCAAGCCAGCACACUUCCUAGCACCAGCGCUGAAAGCGUACAUCUGCCUUUUUGUAUGCUUCACAACGAAGGGCGUCCACAUAGAGCUUGCUAGCGAUUUGUCCACCCACACAUUCCUGAAUGCUCUUCGCCGUUUCAUCGCCCGACGCGGCAAGCCUGCCCACCUACACUCCGACAAUGGGAAAAACUUCGAAGGUGCAAAAAAUGAGCUCAUCGAACUGUACCGGAUGCUGAACAACACUAAGAACCGGGACCAAAUCGAGAACGUCUGCGCCUCCGAAGGAAUACAAUGGCACCUUACUCCCCCAAAGGCCCCACACUUCGGCGGAUUGUGGGAGGCAGCAGUGAAGGUCGCCAAGAAGCAUUUAUUUCGCCAGCUCGGGCCCACCAAACUAUCGUUCGAAGACAUGGCCACCGUACUGGCAGAAAUCGAAUCCAUAAUGACCUCCCGCCCACUGCUCCCGAUUACUGAUGAUCCAGAAGACCUCGACAUCCUUACGCCCUCGCACUUUCUCAUCGGAACCACAGCGACAGCCUUGCCCGACCCAGACGUCUCCACCGUUCCUGUUAAUCGGCUGACCCACUAUCAGCAGCUCCAGCAGCACGUCCAGCAGUUUUGGGUCCGUUGGCGAGACGAGUAUUUGACCGAGCUUCAGCGAGAUUCCAGGCACCGUAGCAGAAACGACGAAAUCACCCCGGGACGAAUGGUCAUCGUAGUAGACGAGUUGCAGGCUCCCCUCAGGUGGCCUCAUGCGAGAAUAACAGCAGUCCGACCAGGAAAAGACAACAUCGUCCGGGUUGUCUCACUUCGCACAACAAAAGGAAUCAUCACACGACCAGUCACCAAAGUCUGCUUGCUGCCGUUCUCCGAUGCCACCACCGACGCAGAAGGAUGUCCAGCGACCAGCAACCAACCAGCAGAGGAAAUAGCAGCGAAUUUAGUGUAG